UGGGUGAAAAGGAAGUUGUCGUUAGCAGGCUGAGGCCGGAGGAUACCAACAAGAAAACGCGAUAUUUCUAGCAGUUCAAACGUAACGGUCAUUUUUCUUUCUCGAUUGAUUUCCCGGCUGGCGUGGAGGUCGAAAAAUAAACAUGGCGCACAGAAGGAAGUCAAAGUCUGCGAUCGAAAAACUGCGGGUGCCACUUUUCGUCUCUUUUGUCUGUAUUGCUUUUCACCUCGGCGGCACGGAUGCCAGGCUACAUCCGACACCAAGCGCCUCGACUGGCGAAACGGUAGAAAACUACGACAAAUACUACAAUUAUAUCGAACUCACCGGGCGUUUGCGCUCCUACGCCCAGAAAUACGCUCACAUUGCGAACCUGUCGAGCAUCGGUCAGUCCGUGCAGGGCAGAGAGCUUUGGGUGAUGCGGAUCACCAAAGACCCCCACAUCGAGUCCCCGGGGAAACCUAAGUUCAAAUAUAUUGGCAAUAUGCACGGCGACGAGACCGUGUCCAGGCAGGUUCUCGUCUAUCUUGUGGAUUAUUUGCUCACUAAAUACGCGGAGGAACGGCGGAUAGCUGACCUGGUAAACACUACGGAUAUCUAUAUCAUGCCCAGUAUGAACCCCGACGGCUUCGAGGUGUCCCAAGAGGGAGCCUGUGCCGGCCAUGGAGGGGGACGAAACAAUGCCAAUAACAAAGACCUUAACAGGAGCUUCCCUGACCAGUAUGGUAAAGGAAUUAAAGACCCAGAGAGCAUUCCUGAGGUCAUGGCUGUCAUCAGAUGGAUACAGGACAAACAGUUUGUUCUUUCUGGUAACCUGCAUGGUGGCACUGUGGUCGCCAGCUACCCUUUUGAUGACUCCGCCACCCAUGAGCAGCAAGGCUAUUAUAGCCAGACAGCGGACGACAGCCUUUUUCGCCACUUAACCUUGGUGUAUUCCAAGAACCACCCGGUGAUGAAGACCGGGCUACCCAACUGUCCCGAUACACCAGGCGAGACUUUUAAAGAUGGUAUCACCAAUGGGGCGCAGUGGUACGAUGUACCAGGGGGGAUGCAGGACUAUAAUUACCUCCAUGCAAACUGUUUUGAAAUCACCCUUGAGCUGAGCUGCUGCAAAUAUCCCCGAUCGUCUGAACUCUAUAAGGAAUGGGAGCUGAACAAAGAGCCUCUCCUGGCAUACAUUGAGCAGGUCCAUAUUGGCGUCCGUGGCUAUGUAAAAGAUCACGUGAGUGGUUCAGGCCUCACCAAUGCCAGCAUUGUGGUAGCAGGCAUCCGCCACAACCUGACCACUGGAAGAUUUGGCGACUACUACAGACUUCUGCUCCCAGGAGUCUACAACAUUACUGCUGUGGCCACAGGGUACACAUCAGUGACGGUAAACAAUGUACGGGUCUUGGAUGGAAAUGCCACAGAACUUAAUUUUGUUUUGGAACCGGUUGCCUUCGAGCCAAAUCUCUCAGGCAACGUCACGCUGGCCACACCCUCCAUGCCGUCAACUACUGAUAUCUACACUUCCACCCCAAAUACACACACCCCUCCCUCCACUCAGUUCCACUUGGAGACAUCAGUGGGAAUUAAAAGCACACCCACUGCGUCUUCACCUGCUCCACAACCUGUUCAACCCCAUGAAUUUCGCCACCACAACUAUGCUGACAUGGAGCUCUUCUUACGCAAGUACAGCAGCGAGUUCCCGUCUAUUGCUCACCUUUACUCUAUUGGCCGCUCUGUGGAAAAUAAAGAGCUCUAUGUGAUGGUCAUCUCAGACAACCCCACGGUUCAUGAACAUGGUGAGCCAGAGUUUAAAUAUGUGGGCAACAUGCAUGGCAAUGAAGUGGUUGGCCGGGAGCUAUUGCUCAACCUCAUUGAGUACCUAUGCCUUAACUAUGGCACCGACCAGGAAGUCACAGAGUUGGUCAACAACACUCGCAUUCACAUCAUGCCUUCGAUGAACCCUGAUGGUUAUGAGGUGGCCAAUGAAGGUGACGUGAGAGGCUACAGAGGACGCAACAACAGCAACAAUUAUGACCUGAAUCGCAACUUCCCAGACCAGUUUGCAAUCAUCAAAGAUCCCAGGCAGCCAGAGACUAUCGCCGUGAUGAACUGGCUGAAAAGCAUCCCCUUUGUCCUCUCAGCUAAUCUUCAUGGAGGUUCUAUGGUGGUCAACUACCCCUUUGAUGAUGAUCAAGAGGGCAAAACCCAGUACAGCAAGUCACCUGAUGACAAGGUUUUUCAGCAGUUGGCUCGAACCUACUCACAGGAAAAUGCUCUGAUGCACAGUGGGCACCCUUGUGUCAACCUGUACCCCGGGGAAUACUUUGCGGAUGGCAUCACCAAUGGCGCCAGCUGGUACAAUGUUGCCGGUGGCAUGCAGGACUGGAAUUACUUAAACACUAACUGUUUUGAGGUGACUAUUGAGUUGGGUUGCGUGAAGUACCCCUGGGCCAAGGAUUUGCCAAACUAUUGGGAACAAAAUCGUCGAUCUUUGCUACAGUUCAUCCAUCAGGUUCACCAUGGGAUCAAAGGUACAGUCUCUGACAUAAGGGAUGGCAUGGGGAUCCCCAAUGCCACCAUUCAGGUUGAGGGCAUUGACCACAACAUCACCGCAGCUCACACUGGUGACUACUGGAGACUGCUGGUCCCUGGGACUUAUUCCAUCACUGCCUCCGCCCAUGGAUAUCAACCUAUGAGGACUUACGCCACCGUGUCCAAGAAAGGAGCGGAAGUGGUUGAUUUCCGAUUGACACGGCUUCACACAGAACCUAACGGCCUGUCACCUUCUGGACCCCAGCCAACCCCUAACCCAUCCGAUGAGGAGUUUGAGAGCUUAAUUAAGGCCCUCUCUCUGGGCCAAGGUUUAGACCAGCUGGUCAAGAGCACAGACACAGAGAGCAGUUUCAGGUUCCGAGGUUACAAGGAGCUGUCCGCGUUCCUCCGAGGUCUUACCCUCAACUUUCCCAAAAUUACAUCCUUGCAGAGUUUGGGCCACAGUGUUGAAUUUAGAACUAUUUGGGCUCUGGAAAUUUCCAACAACCCAGGAGAGGCUGAGCCUUCUGAGCCCAAGGUCCGCUUUGUCGCGGGGAUCCAUGGUAACGCCCCUGUGGGAACAGAGCUGCUUCUUGAAUUUGCUGCCAUGUUAUGCAUCAAUUAUGGCAAAAACUCAGUCAUUACAAGGCUCAUCAACGAGACAACUAUUGUAAUUGUGCCAUCGAUCAACCCGGAUGGAAGAGAGCAAGCGGUGGAGAAGCAGUGCACCUCCACCCAGGGCUUCACCAAUACUCAUGGCAAAGACCUGGACGCAGACUUCUUUGGCAAUGCAUCUCAACGUUUGGUGGAGCCCCAGCCAGAAACCAGAGCAAUGAUGGACAUGAUUUUAGAUAAAGGCUACACACUUUCUGUGGCCCUUGAUGGAGGAUCACUUGUGGCUACUUACCCUUAUGACAAGCCUGUCCAAUCUGUGGAGAAUGAAGGCACACUGAAGUACUUGGCCAGCGUUUAUGCCAAUAACCAUCCCACGAUGCACCUUGGCAACGCUGGAUGUUCGAAUAACGGGCAAGCAAGCAACAUUCAAGAUGGAGUUAUGAGGGCAGCUGAGAGACAAAGUCAUAUGGGCAGUAUGAAGGACUUCAGCAUGGACUUUGGCUACUGUCCAGAAAUCACAGUGUAUACUGGCUGUUGUGUUUUUCCUCCAAGUGAACAGCUUGCCACACUCUGGGCAGAAAACAAGAAGCCCCUUUUGAGCAUGUUGGUGGAGGUCCACAAAGGAGUGAGAGGAGUGGUGAGAGAUAAAAGCGGGAAGCCCAUUGUCGGCGCCAUCAUUGUCAUGAAUGGGGGUGUGAGAGUCUUCACUGCAGAAGGUGGUUACUUUCAUGCGUUGUUGGCGCCCGGCAACCACGACAUCGAAGCGGUUGCUGAUGGCUACCAGCAGCAACGCCAAGAGGUGGUGGUGUCCUCCUAUGAAGCAGCGAGCUCCAUCAUCAUUGAGUUUGACAUGGAUCACAGCAUCUUUGGUCUGCCAAGAGAAUUUGUGGUGGCCAGUGCAGCUGCCUGCAUGACGGCAUUGGUGGUGACUGCAUGCAUCAUCUGGUGUGUGUGCGCUGCCAAGUCUAAUCGGCAGAAGGACGGCUUCCACCGUUUGCGGCAGCACCGGGAGGAGUACGAUGACGAGAUCCGCCUAACAUCCAUGGGAUCCAAGAAGUCUCUCCUUGGCCACGAGUUCCAGGAUGAAAGUGAAAGUGACGAAGAGACAUUAUACGCCAACAAAAUCUGAAAGAGCCUUUUGCUGUUUGUUUCCCGCUACAAGAUGAAGGCCUGGGACAGUGUGUGGACUUGUUGAACUAGAGGCAUUUUAUCGGCCUUUUCGUGAAUCCACCAAGACCGAGAGACUUUUCUGUUACACUGAUGAAUUUUGAACACUUGCUCAAUUAUUAGUCCAAUUGUUGCGUCAUCAGUCUUAAAAUGUUGCGUUCAUCUUUUUGUGCUCAAGGUGAAGCUUUAAUCUUGUUUGCCGCUCAUCCGUCCUGCCUUAGUAGAGUGAGUACCCCAACUUUUGGUGAUCAACUUCACCUAUCUGCCUAAAGGCUUGCAAAAACAUGCAUGUCAGGCUGAUUGAACACUCCAAAUUGUCCCUAGGUGUGAGCGUGAAUAGCUGUUUGUCUCUGUAUGCCCUGCGAUUGGCUGGCAAGUGUCCCCCGCCUACUGCCCAAAGACAGCUGGGAUAGGCUCCAGCAACCCCCGCGAUCCUUGUGAGGAUAAGCGGAUCGGAGAAUGAAUGAAUGAGUCUCUGGGGGUGCAUCCAAUUCUGUGCCUUGGCUUCUCUGGAGCUGCAACGUAGUCCGUAGAAAGCAUUUGUGCUUGAGAUUUUUGAUCCAUCCAGUUCUCAAGUCGUGGAAAGAGGGAUGGAUACACAUCGGGUGCUCAUUUUGCACUGUUGCUACGCUAAUGAUUUUGUUUUAAAGAGUCUCGAGAAGGGGACUUUCUCAGACGUGUCAGGAAUUGUUGUCUGUGCAAAACGUGUCAGCUCACUUGGACUAGCGAGAAAACAAAUUAUCCUCACAUCAAGCAAGUCUUUUAACAAAUCACAUAUGAAUGUAUUUUAUUUUUAAUGUACUGUUCUUUUUAAUGUGUAUCUGCAAAGCACGUGGAUAACCUGAUUCAUGUCACGGCUGUCCUCCCAUUCAUCAAUGCUGUCAAAAUUUCUUUUCAACAGAAAAUUUGCCCCAUUUCUGGUCUGGCUGUCCAUAUGCCUAUGACUGAUCGGAAUGAAUAUCCGGAAUUCUGGCCAGCCUAAAGGGAAGUCAGGUUUAAAAAAAAUCUUUACAAUACAUUCUAUGCAGAUUCACUAGUUGAAACGUGGUAUUGUGAUUGAUGUUGUGUACAUGGAAUAUUAAUUAAGCAGAAAAUCCACUCAUUUGGGGGGGGGGGCUGUGAUAUUGCCACUUGCCAAUUGUCACAGCUCAGUUAUUUUCUGGGUUUGGUCAAGUGCCGGUUAUAAACUGAGACUAUAGGCAUAGUGAUGUCACUUUCACUCGACGGCAAGUGGAGGUGAAUCAAAAACAGGUGCGUUUUUCUGCUUAAAUCCUAUUCCACUAACGCAAUAUUAAUCAGGAUGCCGUGUUCCGACGAGUGGCUGUACACAAAAGGUGACUUCCACUUUAAAAUACCAUUGCUGGGACACGCAUCUUUUCCCAACUGUGAUAAAAUGAUAAAUGGCAAUUCAGAAUUGUUGCACAGAAGAAAUAGAAAGUCGGUUUCAUAACUUUUGGCAUCAUUGAAAGUUCACCCCCAACCAAACCAUUUUCUCAGUCUGGUUGCUGCUGAAGUGGAAAAUGCCAUACUUAAUUCUACACCUCUAAUUUAGAUUUCUUUAGGCAUUGCCUUCAUUUCCAGUCUUUCUACAUUUGGGUUUUAAUCAGAUGUUUUCAUGAAUUGUAAUACUAUUUGGGUGUUUUUGUGUAUUUUGUUCUUGCCAUGUCUCAAUGAGUGUGCGUGUGGUUUUGAAAGUAGAGAGAGUCAUGCAAUGUUGCUUUGAAGAUUUUAUAUAAAGUGGAAUGAACCUA